AUGUCCCCCCUCGAACCUGAGUCUGGUAUCUGGUACGCGCUAUGUUGGCUGGUACUCAUCACCCGACUUGCCUCGAGGAGAAUACACCGAGGAGCAUGGAAGCAUCUUCAAUUGGACGACUACCUCAUUGUUGCGGCGAUGGCCACCGACACAAUAGUCAUGGCAGUCAUGCACGUAAUCGUCAAUACGAGUAGCAACCUAAUUGCUCCGGGAGAUGACGUAUCUCAAUUCUCCCAGCAGGAGAUUGAUUCCCGGAUCUAUGGCUCCAAGCUCGUUCUUGUCGUCGAGCAGAUGCAGAUUGUUACCAUCUGGCUCGUGAAGACAUGUUUUCUCUUAAUGUACAGCCGCAUGACGUUGCUAUUACCACAGCAUAAGAUUGUGCUGGUUGUAGCCAUAUACGUCGCACUGGGGUUUGUCAUCAUGGAGGUUCUCUAUCUCGGAGUGUGGUGCCGUCCGUUCAACCAAUACUGGGCAGUCCCGACGUCGUCCCUCCAAUGUUCUGCGGCAACGAACCACUUGAUCACAAAUGCCGUUCUCAAUAUCUCCUCAGAUUUGAUGAUCAUCUCCAUUCCAAUACCCCUCCUCUUCAAGGUGAAGCUACCAAAGAAGAACAAGGCAGUCUUAUGCGGAAUAUUUUUGAUUGGAACCUUCACGAUCGUCGCUGCCGUCCUCAACAAGUACUAUUCCUUCAGGUUCCCCUUCGGCAGCGAAUGGACCGUCUGGUACCUGCGCGAAUCCUACACCGCCAUCCUCUGCGCCAACCUGCCCCUCACCUACCCGCUCAUCCAACGCAUAUUCCGGCUCAGAAACUGGAGCUAUAAUUCCUACGAUAGGUCCGGCCACGUCCGCACCAAUUCCCACCCUCUCUCCGGCACACGAUCCGGCAUCAGGACGCAUACCACGAUCACAAUAACGAACUCGAAGGUCUCGCCAGCGCCGAACAUAUACACGAGGGAUUUGAGAAGGACGGAGAGCGAGGAGGAGAUCUACCAGGGCAGUGGGACCUUGACGGGUGGUGGUCAGGGGUUUAUUACGAGUGCGAUUGAGAUGGGCGAGUUUGAGAAGAAGGAGCACAGUGUCUCGACGAGUGCUAGUGCGAGGAGUAGCGGGGAUAGGCGGUAG